AUGAACACAUUCAAACUCCUGCUCUCAAAUCCCAGCAGCUUAGCCCCAAUAAACAGACCAAUAAUCCCAAUCAGAGCUAAAUCUCCCUCCCUCGCUCGAUCCAACACUAACACAACAAAAACAAACCGUUCGGACAAAUCCCUCUUCAUUUCGAAAAAAUUCUUGACCGGCGAUGUGCAGCUGCCUCAUGUAUCGAGCUCAGACAAGCACUCGAAAAUGGUGGUACUCGGGGCGAUGUCUUUCGGGCUCGCGCUUCUCUUGAUGGGCUUCGACGGCCACGAGGCUAUGGCUUUGGGCCCACGAGGCCCGUUGGUGGAGGAAUUUUGGGACAAUAUGAGGAGAUAUGCUCUGUAUGCUCUUACGGUGAGCACAGGAGCUAUCUACACUCUUUUACAGCCGUUGGUGGAGCUUUUGAAGAACCCAAUCUCUGCUGUUCUUAUCUUGGUGAUUAUUGGAGGUGCCAUUUUCAUUGUGUCUCAAGUUGUGACUGCUAUGGUUGGUCUCUCUGAUUUUUCUUAUGAUUAUGGUUAUUAG